UAUUCUGUAAUCAGUUGGCUUUGAGUCAUCACCCAGUUCACUUCAAAGUAUAAGACGACCUCCAAUCUCUGCUAUGGUUCAGUUUCAGAGAAAAAUAUCUUCUGUUGGUGGGAGGCUUUCUCCCUGGGUAGAUGAAGAGGAGUUUAAGAGAAGAGAAAGAAGAAGAUCCGAAGAGAAAUCUGAACCUUCUGGAAAUAAAGUUGAGACUGAACCUGUAACUUGCAGCAAGCCAAGUACAAGCCCUGUUAGUGAUCCCUACUGGCCAAGAAGGAAGAAAAAUAUUGAGGAUAUUUCUGUAAAUAUGAGAGUGAUUACUGAAGUAAAGAAAGGAGAAGUUUUCCCAAGAAGAGGAAAGAGUGUUUUACAACAGUUCCAGUAGCUUCUGUAAAUACAACUCCUUAUGCACCUAUUUUACAAAUAUAAAUAAAUAUUUAUUUGAAAACAGAAACAGAAACCCGAGAAAUCUCAGAACUCUGUAAAAUGGAGAAAAAAGACAUUUUAACAUGUUAAUGCAAUUAUAAAACCUUUGACUUUUAAAUAAAUUAUUAUUGUUUUUU